AUGAAGGUCCUCGCCCCUCUCGUACUCGCAAGCGCAGCCAGCGCUCACACCAUUUUCUCCUCCCUCGAGGUCAACGGCGUCAACCAAGGCUUGGGAGAGGGCGUCCGCGUGCCCACCUACAACGGUCCCAUUGAGGACGUCACCUCGGCCUCCAUCGCCUGCAACGGCUCGCCCAACACCGUCGCCUCCACCUCCAAGGUGAUCACCGUGCAGGCGGGCACCAACGUGACGGCCAUCUGGCGCUACAUGCUCAGCACCACGGGCGACUCGCCGGCGGACGUCAUGGACAGCUCGCACAAGGGUCCCACCAUCGCCUACCUCAAAAAGGUUGACAACGCCGCCACCGCCAGCGGUGUGGGGAAUGGCUGGUUCAAGAUCCAGCAGGACGGCAUGGACAGCAGCGGCGUCUGGGGCACCGAGCGCGUUAUCAACGGCAAGGGCCGCCACAGCAUCAAGAUCCCCGAGUGCAUCGCUCCAGGACAGUACUUACUCAGGGCUGAGAUGAUUGCGCUGCACGCGGCGAGCAACUAUCCUGGUGCGCAAUUCUACAUGGAGUGUGCGCAGCUUAAUGUCGUUGGUGGUACGGGUGCUAAGACCCCUUCGACUGUCAGCUUUCCUGGGGCUUACUCGGGCUCUGACCCCGGAGUCAAGAUUAGCAUCUACUGGCCUCCGGUUACGUCUUAUACCGUCCCUGGUCCCAGUGUGUUUACUUGCUAA